UCGCGGCGUCUCAGGGCCCCGGUCGUGUUGCAGCGCCCUUCGCCGGCCCGAGCCCCGGAGCCAGCUCCCUUUUCUCGCCCGGCGCCCCCAGGCUGCUCCCGGGGCUCACGGAAACCGCUGGCAAGAGAUCAGAGACCACCUCCUAGGACAGAAAGGAGUGCCCUGCCCACACCCCGAAUGAUGACUGCUGAGUCCAGAGAGGCCGCCGGUCUGUCCCCCCAGGCCUCCCAAGAGAAGGAUGGCAUCGUGAUCGUGAAGGUGGAAGAGGAAGACGAGGAGGAUCACAUGUGGGGGCAGGAGUCCAGCCUGCAGGACGCGCCACCCCCAGACCCUGAGAUCUUCCGCCAGCGCUUCCGGCACUUCUGCUACCAGAACACAUUUGGGCCUCGCGAGGCUCUGAGCCGGCUGAAGGAGCUGUGCCACCAGUGGUUGCGGCCCGAGAUUCACACCAAGGAGCAGAUCCUGGAGCUACUGGUGCUGGAGCAAUUCCUGAGCAUCCUGCCCCGGGAGCUGCAGGCCUGGCUGCAGGAAUACCGGCCCGACAGCGGCGAGGAGGCUGUGACACUUCUGGAGGAUCUGGAGCUUGAUUUGUCGGGCCAGCAGGUCCCGGGUCAAGUUCAUGGACCCGAGAUGCUGGCCAGGGGCAUGGUGCCUCUGGACCCCAUGCAGGAGCCCUCAACCUUCGACCUUCACCAGGAGGCCGCACAGUCUCAUUUCAAGCAUUCGUCUCGGAAGCCCCGCCUCGUCCAGUCCCGGGCCCUCACUGUGCCCCACGCUCCCGCCUGCCGUCAGGAAGGGAGCCCUGGGCCCCAGGCAGUGGCAUCCACGCUGUUCACGGCAGACUCCCAGGCAAUGGUGAAGAUCGAGGACAUGGCCGUGUCCCUCAUCCUGGAGGAGUGGGGCUGCCAGAGCCUGGCCCGCAGGACCGUCGGCCGGGACCAGCAGGACACUUACGGGAGUGCGUUUUCCCAGGGCCGUGAGAGCAGGAGCGAGACCGAGGAGUCCCCCUCCAAAGCAGAAAUCGCCAAAGACACCACGACACGUGGGGAGACCACCCGGAGGUUCCAGAAAGAGUUCGGAGAGAAACGUGAGCUGCCGGGCCAGGGAGAAGGACCCCAGAGAAACCCCGAGGACAAAACUGGGCGAGACAAGAGAGAUUCAGGGCCGGCUGCCGGCAGGGAGAGAAAGCCCGGCCUGGGCGAGCGGGGUCCACGGGAGAAAGGGAAGGGCCUGGGGAGAAGCUUCAGCCUGAGCGCCGGCUUAAGCACCUCCGAGGACACACCCGCUGGGGUCAAGUCGCACCGCUGCGACGAGUGCGGGAAAUGCUUCACCCGGAGCUCCAGCCUGAUCCGCCACAAGAUCAUCCACACGGGCGAGAAGCCGUACGCGUGCGGCGAAUGUGGCAAGGCCUUCAGCCUGAACUCCAACCUGGUGCUGCACCAGCGCAUCCACACAGGCGAGAAGCCCCACGAGUGCCACGAGUGCGGCAAGGCCUUCAGCCACAGCUCCAACCUCAUCCUGCACCAGCGCAUCCACUCGGGCGAGAAGCCCUACGAGUGCGGCGAGUGCGGCAAGGCCUUCAGCCAGAGCUCUGACCUCACCAAGCACCAGCGUAUCCACACGGGCGAGAAGCCCUAUGAGUGUGGCGAGUGCGGCAAGGCCUUCAACCGCAACUCCUACCUCAUCCUGCACCGGCGCAUCCACACGCGCGAGAAGCCCUACAAGUGCACCAAGUGCGGCAAGGCUUUCAGCAACAGCUCCAACCUCACCAAGCACCGGCGUACACACACGGGCGAGAAGCCGUACGUGUGCACCAAGUGCGGGAAAGCCUUCAGCCACAGCUCCAACCUCACCUCAGAUCUCCUCAAACACCAGCGCAUGCACAGCGAGGAGGCACCGUACCAGUGCAAGGACUGCGGGAAGGCGUUCAGCGGCAAAGGCAGCCUCAUCCGCCACUACCGCAUCCACACCGGGGAGAAACCCUACCAGUGCAACGAGUGUGGCAAGAGCUUCAGCCAGCACGCGGGCCUCAGCUCACACCAGAGACUGCACACGGGCGAGAAGCCUUACAAGUGCAAGGAGUGUGGAAAGGCCUUCAACCACAGCUCCAACUUCAACAAGCAUCACCGCAUCCACACAGGCGAGAAGCCCUACUGGUGCGGCAGCUGCGGGAAAACCUUCUGCAGCAAGUCCAACCUUUCCAAGCACCAGCGCGUCCACAGCGGUGAGGCUGAGGCGCUGUAGCUGGCCAGGGCACCUGCCCUCGGGCCGGAGUCAGAAGUCCAGUUAGUGCAUUAACCUGGGAUGGCGUGAGGCGGGGACUCUUCGCCUGCCAGCUGGCUGGGACAGGGCCCCUAUAUCCGGCCUGUCUCAGAAACCAUUCCCAUGUCGCCUUUUAUAUAGACAGACCGAUGCGUUGUAGCUAGUGUGAUUAAGGAAACAUGGAAACUGUCGGACUGUCUUAACGUAUAUUCGAGAAUUGCCAUUUGUAAAGAAUUGAGUGGCAGCGAACCUGAUUUAGCCUGACGGAGUAGACGUGCCAUGUAGUGCCUCCGGGCUGUUCCUGUAAUAAAUGCUAUAGCUGGU